CCUAAAAAAAAAAGUCAAUAACAUUAUCACAACAACUGAGAUCACAAGUCAAUGAAAAAAUUAUAUAGGCUUGUUAUAUAUUUUAUGUCUUUAAAUUAUAUUUGUAAUUCGUACUGAUUUUUACAAUAAAAAAUGUCAGCAUCUGAUCUCAAACAUGCGAUACGAAAGUUUGAAUAUCCUGCCUGUGCAAAAGAAGCGCUCCUCAAAAUGGAACAACUUCUGAUAGGGCGUUCCGCACCCUCUAGUAAACAGCAAGACAUAGCCAUGGAUAUAACUUCUGAAUUUAUUUUUUGUGAAGUAGACCGUCGCGGAGGCCGUCGCGGAAAUGGUCUUAAUCCUUUACAGGAGCUUCAACUCAUUGAUAUACUUAGUGAAUACAUAUCAGCUUGUGAUAAUGAAACUACAAAAAACACAAUAUUUUUAUCACUUUUUGGCAGCAUGGAAAGUCAAAGAAAAUUAAAGAUUCUUAGUAUCUUAGCAAGCAUGGCUGUAUCAGCUUCUUGCACACCAGUAUUGCUUGCUUUAGGUGUGUGGCUGCAACAAAUGGGCUGUUCAUCACCACAAUCUCUGAAAUUAGCUCAAAGUGUUAUACAAGAUCAUUUCUACCUAAAUACAACUAAUCAGAAUUGUUUAAAAUCAUUAGCAACAACUGCACCUCAGUUUGUAUCAAACUUUAUUACAGCAGUUACAGAAUUGUAUAUGUGUGACAGCCAAGGUGCCAGCAAAAUGCCACCUAAGAAUUUACUAGAAAUUAUUACAUCAUGGGUGUAUUCAAACCCAACUUUAUGUAUGUCAGCUCAGUUGAAUCCAGCAGCUCUGCCAGUUGGUGCUAUUCCCAUGGCAGUUGUCACACCAUUGGCAGGUUUAAUACACUGGUGUGCUCUUGCUUCUCUUUAUGUACAGGAUACAAACACUGUGGAAGAAGAGCCACCUAUAAAGAAGAUAAAAAUAGAAUGGGAAACACAUGUAAAACCAAUAACAACAAAUUAUAUUAAAGAAUCUGAGCUAUACACAAAAUUACACCUAGCAGUUCUGAAUAGCUUGCGAGCAGGAAAAAGAUCUCAUCUGCCCACAGCAUCAGUUAAUGCACAACAUUUAGUAUCUUUGACACCAAUGGUUCAAUCAUAUGCACACCAACUUGUGAAAAGAGGCUUUAAAUUACAGAAUGACAAAAAAUUGCAGGAAUGCUUGGAUAGAAUUGGUCAAGCAGUCCAAGUGGCUUUAGCAAAUAAUUGUGUGUAUGGAAACAUAAGUAAUCUCCUGGCUUCUUUAGACACACUUCCUGAAAACAAACUACUUCGAAUAAUCAUCCGGAAACAUCAAUGUGUGUAGAGAAAUUAUAUAAGUAAUUUAUAGUAACAAGCAACAAUAAUUGGUGCUGAAUUUAGUAAACCAAAACUUAAUGCAAUUGUUAAUUUGAAAAAAAAAGAUGAAACAAGCUGUAAUAAUUUUUAAAGUUUUAUUGUUCUGGGAAGAAAUUAAAAUGGCUUAAAUCUUC